AGGAUGAGAUGAACGCGCUGCUGCCUCCGUGUCUCCUCGUGUGGGCGUCGUUAAAACCUCCUGAAGCAGGGAGGCGGUGGGGCAGUUAAUGCAGCAGGCUACGUUUCCUUCCCAUUGGUCCACCGACAGGAGCUACACCGAUGACACGUCCGGGGCUGUGCGGAUAAAAGCAGGUACGAGGAGGCGCAGGAGGAGCGAGAGGAGGUCGGAGAAGAGGAGGUUGGUGAAUGAUAGAUGCGCCUGUGAGACUUAUCACGUCUGGAAGUUUCUGUCCAACUCCUGAGAACCACGGGGCCCGCUGCUGUGCUUGACUGUGCGCGUCAGGGAUCGGGUGAAGAUGGAGUGGUAUGUCCUGGUGCUGAUGCUGAGCCUGCCGCCCUCCAUCCACGCGGACUGCUCGUCUCUGUGUCAGAGAUGCGCGGAGCAGAUCCUUCGCCCCGACGCCGCCUUCAGCAGCCUGUCCUGCAGUGAGGAGUGCGACACAGAGAGCUGCGAGCCCGCGCCGCGGCUGGCGGACUUCACCCAGGACGAGGCUGCGGAGGCGGAGGAGAGCCAGCAGGCGGACCUGGUCAAGCGCUACGGCGGCUUCAUCAAGCGCAUCGACAAGAAAAAGAUCCUGACGUCAUCUCCGUGGCGCGACAACUACAUCCAGAAAGCGGCCACGCUGUCCAAAAAGUACGAGGACUGGCUGAAGCGGCUGGACGCGAGGAGCGCGCCCGAGGACGCGCCUGAGUACGCGGACGACUCCGCGGAGGAGCAGCUCCCGCGCAGCGCUGUCAGACGUUACGGCGGCUUUUUACGCAAGUUCGGCCCCAAAUCGAAGCGGAGUAGCUCCGCGGAGCGGGAGAGCCAGGAGCCCGAGGAGCUCCAGAAGCGCUACGGCGGCUUCAUGCGGAGGGUCCGGCCCAAGCUCAACAACCUGAAGUGGGACAAGCGGUACGGGGGCUUUCUGCGCCGCCACUUCAAGAUCUCCGUGCGCUCGAUGGAGGAGCCCGUUUACUCCUACGACGACCUGAGUCUGCAGACGAACUGAACCCUCGGAGGAGUCUCUGCCUGACCCGCUUCUUCUUCAGUGUGAACCACCACCCGUCCCGUCCGUCCCACACAAAAGUUGCUUUGACGUUUUUCGUACAGACUGGAAGCAGGCGAGGCGCGUGUGACGCGCGGAGCAGCACUUUAACCCAGACGUCGCCAUUCAAACCGUUUCAUGCUUUGUGAAUUGUAAAUAUGGAGUUUUUCGUUGACAAAAUAAAUUAUUUUUGAGUUGC